CCUUUAGCCCAUAAAUUCUCGUGAAAAGCCCACAUGGUAUAAAAAAAAAAACAUUCAGGUUGGUAGAUUUUGCUGUGCUUUAAAUUAAUCUCCUAACCACUUAGAAAUGGACCAUUUUUUGUAUUCUAAAAAAUUAAGGUAAAGAGUGAAUAUGAGUCCCGCAGUCUUACUUUCAAUUCUUUUGUCUAAAAUAGAGCCUAGAUCUAAAACCAAGAAUCUUGAUCUUGAUGCAACAGGUGUCUCAGGACUACUCCAAAGGCCUUUGGAUUGGCAACACCUGUAGAGGGAAAAUACUACAAGCAGGAGGAAAAGAAAAAAAGAGCAGUAUCCUAUUCACAAUAGGAAGCUGCAUUAAAUCUUGAUCUUGAUCUUAAUGGUGUGGAUUGCUCCAGAGCCAGGGGUGGGAUUUUCAAACGUUCGUAAUGAUAGGUAAAACCAUCUUAGCACUAAAGUUACCAUAACCCUCUCGUAACUCACGUAAGAUGUAUUUCCUAAAGACCUUAGCGCUGUGUUUACGGUUUUCAGACUGCCAUCUUUUCAAAGGCUGAGAAUACAUAAUCAGUAAAUGCUACUUUUAACUUUUCCUGAACUUUAUCUGCACUUUCCUGAUCUUCCUCUCCCAACUCCAAAUGCAGUGCAAGAGCAUCAUCUUCCAAGUACAAUGAAAUGAAACUGGCUAAAUCUGUUAUUUUCUAUAGUUUAGCCACUAAGGUUACCUUUUUCAGCUGUGACACAACUUCGCCUUCGCUAGUGAAAGGAUGAAUCUUCAUAAUCAUCGUAAUCUUUGCCACCAUACUCACUUGAAAUAGGCCUAGAUAGCUUGUUGUAAGACCAUGGUGAUGGAAGCUUUGGCUGAAUUACGUAGUGAUAUGGAUAAAUUAAAGGAAGAGAAGAGAUUGGGCCCCAGCUGUGGUGCUGAUGAUGUCAUGGCUCCAGAUGUUGUAAACAUUAGGCUAGCUGGCCAGGAAGUGCCUACUUUGAGCUCGCCCACUGGGUUUUCUGGUUUUGCUCCAGCCGUGCAUUGUAUUUCUAGUGAUGACAGUGACUCUCAGGACGACGUGCAGCGUGACAGUGUCUUCCUGCAGUCCGCCAGGGCUUCGGUCCCGUGGAUGAGAUGUCUGCUGGCAUUGACAAGCAUGUCGCCGAUAUGGUUAACCAUUCGUUUGACAAUGGCUUGCGAGAGGAGAAGUACAAAGAGAUUUUGGAUGACGUUGCUACCAAGAGACCGGACAACUGUCAUGCUUUGGCACCAGUGGACUGUAACUCGCAAGUUUUGGAUGCACUAAAAACUGAUGCCAAGAAAGCUGACUUUCGUAUGAAAGACGUCGGUAAAGACAUUAUCAAGGCUGCCACAAUUUUGACAAAGUCCCUGAUGAUGCUAGAAAAGAUUGUCCAAACUGGACAGCCAGAUGUAGCCCAUGAAGUGGGCAUGCUUAAUGGUGAUCUUGCACUACUGGGUAAUGCUAAUCAUAAAAUCAACUUGGCACGCCGGUUCAUCAUCAAGCGUGAAAUCAACCAGAAGGAUGCUCACCUGUGUUCAGACAAGGUGCCCAUGAUUUAUCUUCUGUUUGGUGACGAUGUCUCGCAAUCUGCCAAGCAUGUUGAGGAGUCAGAGAAGUUAAGGAGUAAGAUUGCGACGAGGAAACCGCUCCCUACGUGGAAGUACGGUACUAGCAAGUUUAGAGGCUCUUUUGGAAAAAUGCCACACACAGGUUUUAUGUCCAGGUUCCACCCAUAUGGUCAACGGACGUUUGGACACUGGAGUGAGCGCCGGCAAACCUGAGGGCAAGGUUCAGAGGCAAAAAACUCCCAAGGCCGGGGUCACAAUCCCAGCAAUAACUGAGGUGAGUCAUCAAUUCCAAGCUGGCAGACUUAACAAUUUUGUGCAUGAGUGGCAUAACAUUACCAGUGAUCCAAAUGUUUUAGAUAUUGUUGAACAUUGCCAUCUUGACAUUAAUGUUGCUAGCAUUGAUUCCUUAUUUGCUGAGGAAGUUGAGUAUGUAGAGGAAAAGAGAUUUGUUUGCCAGGAAAUUGUACAGCUGUUAGAUCUUAAGGUUAUCAAGGAAACACAGACAGGAGGGGCAAAUUCUUUCCCCUAUUUUCUUAUGGAGGAAAAAGGAUGGUGAUUUUAGGAUGAUCCUUAACCUAGCAAAACUUAAUGAAGCCAGUUUUUGCUGUACUAAGAGAGAAGGGACAUAUCAUCACGAGUUUCAUUGAUGAUACUCUUUUUUGCUACAGUACUUUUGAUGUAUGUUGUGAGAGUGUGCAUGCCACUGUUGAUUUGCUCAGAAAAUUAGGGUUCUGUUUCAAUGAUGGUGAAUUGGUAUUGGUACCCACAACACGCUUGGAGUAUUUGAGGAACAUUAUAGAUUCAGAGACCAUGACAGUGACAUUACCUAAGUGGAGGAAACUCAAAAUAAUGCAAAACUUCAAGGAAUUGUUUCAUAGUGACAGAGCAAAAAUCCGGAGGGUGGCCAGAGUCAUUGGGCUUUUAGUUGCAGCCAUUCCAGCACCAGAGAUGGGGAAACUGCAUUAUAGAUAAUUGGAAUCUGCUAAGAUUGCAGCUUUAAAGGAAGAAAAAGGAAAUUUUGACAAAUGGAUGGCUGUCCCUCAUGAAAUGAAGUUGGAUUUGCAUUGGUGGUUAUCUCACAUUGCAGUGCAAAACAGACAGAUUUUUCAGAAAGGUACAAAACUGGACUUGUAUACUGAUGCGUCAAAUUUAGGUUGAGGUAGCCAACUUAAUCGACAACAAAUUAAUGGGAUAUGGUCCUUAACAGGAAUUGAAUUGCACAUCAACGCAAAAGAACUCGAAGCCAUCUUCCUGGCAGUGCACUCAUUUGUACAUCUGCUCAAAGGACGACACGUUCUUUUGUUUUGUGAUAAUAUGAGAGCAGUCAACUGUCAAUUAAAUGGGCGGCAAAAAGUCUUCAUUGUGUAAUGACAUAUGUCUUGAACUUUGAGAUUGGUGUUCAGUGAAUGAUGUCUGGCUUACCUGUUCUCAUGUACCAGGUAAAGUUAAUCUCAUGGCAGACACUGCAUCUCAGACAUUUAAUGACAGGCAUGAGUGGAAGUUGAAUGAAAGAAUUUCUAGGGACCUUUGUGAGAUCUUUGGAGUUCCAAGCAUUGAUCUCUCUGCUUCCAGAUUGAAUAAACAAGUGCCUCGUUUCUACUCCUGGAAACCUGACCCAGACGCAGUACAUUUUGAUGCUUUUUCCAUACUAUGGUCACAGUUUGACCUAAUCUACAUUUUUCCAUCCUUUGCUUUGAUUGCCAGAUGCCUACAGAAAAUUCGAGCAGAGUCAGCAAGGGGGUGAAUGGUGUUGCCACUGUGGCCGUCCCAGCCAUGGAUUGGGCCUCUCCUCACUUUGCUCAUAAAGGAAUCCCGGCUAAUUCCGAAGGGGGCACACGUAUUGCGUCACCCAUCAACAGAGGAGGAAUACCCCAUCCUGCAACACACCUGCCUGAUGGCUUGUCUCUUGUCUGGCGACAUCUGUGAGACAAAGGCAUUUAAAGGUGCAGACAUCAUCGCAUGGCCUCUUGGAGACCUGGGACUGCGAAGCAGUAUUAGCCACAUGUCAACAGGUGGCUACAGUUUUGCAAUAGCUGGAAAAUCGAUCCCCUUACUCCCACUGUAACUGAUGUUGAGAGUUUCUUGUCUGUCACUUUCCACAGAGGUGUGGGUUAUACCUCCGUCAAUAUUGCAAGAGGCACUCUCUCCUCACUGAGGAUUAUUGUGGAUGGCUGCAAGCAGAAAACUAUCCUCUUGUCAACAGGUUCUUGAGAGGAGUUCUUAACUUGAGGCCAUUGUCACCAAGGUAUGUGGAAACUUGGAACGUCCAGCAGGUGCUCCAGCAUCUGCAUGCCAUGGAACCUUUGUGCUCCCUCUGCCUAAAGAACCUAACGCUAAAGCUUGUGAUGUUAAUGACACUCAUGCAAGCUGCCAGAGUAAAAACCCUACACUGCUUAUUGCUGAAGGAUAUUCGUGUCAGACAUUCGUAUCAGAUUCUGUUUGUAUUUGGUUAGGGGAAAACAAACAAUGUCGACCAAAGUUCAAUGUGCGGUUUGUGACCUUUCAAGCAUACUCCAUAGACAAAAGAUUGUGUGUGUGAAACUUUGAAAAUGUAUAUUGCUAGAACAGAAGAGUUCAGAAGUGUUGAGAAUUGGGAGAAUGGGAAACUACUCCUUAGCUUUAUUAAGCCACACAAACAUGUGAAGAAAGACACUGUUGUGAGAUGGAUUAAAACAGUGCUUAAUAUGUUGGGCAUGGACACUGACAAGUAUUCGGCUGACAGCGUUCGGCCUGCAGCAGUGUCAAAAGCCAAGGCCAUGGCUGUACCAAUUAAGCACAUCAUGGCGAAGGCUGGGCUGUCCAGGGAAGCCACCUUUGCCAAGUAUUACAACAAGGAGAUUGUUCCGGUCCAUGACCCUUUCCAAGAUGCUGUUCUACACUAGUCUGUAAGUCCUGUUUGGGCUGGAAGUGUUAUAUUUAUUGUAAACUGUUACAUGGCUAUGUAAUUUUGUUACUAUAUUGGAGUUUAGUUCUUGCUUGUCUUAUUUCUCCACUCUCCCAUCUGUACUUAAUUCCCAUUUCUUGUAGUACAACACCCACAUGGCUUCAAAACCUCAUGGGCAAAGCGAUCUCUAGCAGAGGUGUGAUUUGCUGACGUAAAAUUAAUGAAGUACAUGAGACUUACUGCAGGUCAGUUGAAAUGUCCUUCCAAUUUUAUGAAGCAAAUCACCUCUGCUAGAAGGGAGCUUUCACAUGCCCACCUCUCCCACCUUACGCUAUGCAGCGUCUCGUGGUGUAAGUAAUUCCAGCAGUAUGAAAUGUUCCCUUACUUCUCAUGUGGAUGGUCGUACUCUAAAGUCUGGUGGCGCGAAGCAGCAAAGUGUAUCUCAUGUGAAAGUUCCCUUCUAACAGAGGUGAUUUUCUUCAUAAAAUUUGAAGCAUAUUUAAACUGACCAGCGGUAAGUUUCAUGUGCUUUAUUAAUUAACCCAACAAACCCUCAACUACAUAAAUCCCCAGUUACAUUAAUCACACAACGAAUGAACCAAACAAACCCUCAACUUAUGAUUUUCCAGUUACAAUAAAACGUCUGCCAUUCCAUCUCCAUACUGUACCUUCUCCACUUACAUAUAUUCUCGAGCCAUUAUCAACACUCCUCCUCUUACUUUUUUUCUUCCUGUCUCUCCUCCAAACAUUAUAUCCAUAUUCUCUAAAAUUAACUUGGACAUUAUCACUUAGUUUUGUUUCUGUUAUGCACUCCACAUCUGGUCCUUUUUCCGUUAUAUAAUCUCUAACUUCUAGCAUUUCCAAAAUAAUUCCAUCAGUGUUUGUAUACAUAACUCUUAGUGUAUUUCUUCCCCUUCCCGGACAAACCAUUUCCUUAGUCUCAUGCGUAACACUCUCCAGUAGAAUUUCCUCUUUGCCUCUGUCCUCUCGUUUGUCGUUUUCUUAGCUUUAUUCCUCAGUUCCCUCUUUUUUUCCUUUCUUCCAGGUUCAUAUCUUUUUUAUCCAGAUGUUGUUAUAUUGUCUUUCCAGCCAGCUUCCCAGUCCUUGCUAAUAUUCCUUCAACUCCUACUUGAGCUCUCAUUUUAACUUUUAGUGGUCUUUAACUCGUAGUUACCUCACUAUACUUUCCAAGUCUACAUAUUUCUUCAGUUUUUUUUUUUUAUCACUAGAGUCUAGACCCUGUUCUACAUCCUGAACCAUUGAAAUACUAUUUUUUAACCAUUUCUUUUCUCCUCCUUUCACCUCACAAAUUUUGCUGGAUAUUUUUUCUCUGUGGCAGUAAUCAAAGCAGUUCUUAGUUUUCCACUUUAUUAUAACAGGGGGUAGGUGGGCGAACACAGGAGCCAGGCUUGGAGUAAUGGUGACGGCAACAGAAUCAACGACAGGGCGAGGCAGGCGAUUGGUGGUGUGGGACGGUCAGAGCUGCUGCCAAGGUAGUGGUUCUUCUCGCUAUACUGCUCCUCAACCUCCGCUUUCAUUCCUCACCUCCGCUCAAGCUCAUACAAAAAAUUAGUGCUUUACUCGUACACUUUCCCCCGCUCAAGCUCAUACAAAAAAUUAGUGCUUUACUCGUACACUUUCCCCCAAAUACCAUUACAAUGAUUUAAAAAUAUAGCUCAACAUACAUACAUCCUUAUGAAUGAAUGCAGACACAUUCUCUUGUAGUCCAAGUAUAACCAUACACUUCAUUUCGUCCACCGUGUCUCUCAUUAGCUCUUCCUUCUCUUUAAUCACUUGUAUAACUGUAUCCUUGGUUUUCUCCUGUAUCUGGUGUUCAACUACAUUUGCAAAGCUAACUUUUUCAUUUUCAUGUUCUUUUUUUCUAUGCCUCCUUCCACUCUUCUAAUUUUCUCUCAUUCAUUGCUCCUUCGUCUUUCCCCACCUUAGCAUCCACUUGUUCUCUUAUUAGCCUUUCAAAUGCCGCUUGGUUGUCUCCACCUUGGCAUCCACCUGGUCUCUUAGUCCUUCCAAUGCAACUUCAUAACUCUUGCACGUUUCCAUAAAGGGCACUGUUUUCCCUUUUAUUAUUUCCAAUGUUACUUUCAUCUCAAUUUCUCCUUCAGCCCCCAAUUUUCUUCGAACUGCUGAUCCUGUUUCUCCAGUAUUCCGGCUAGUAUUUCCCUUAGGUACCUAUCUAAUUUCUCUUUCCACUGCUAUUAUUUUUCUCAUGUUGGUCUUUUCCUCUCUAAAGCCAGAGAACUCCCUUGCACUUAGCCCCAGUGGAGUCUCAAUUAUCCUG